AGAAGUAUUGAAAAAGAAAAACUCUAGUCCCGUGGCAGUUUCGUAAAUUGAUGCACGACAAAGGUCAAAUAUGUAAGAGUGAACUGCGCUAGAGUAUAUCAUUCCCGUUCUCUCCGAUCCAAACCUCCUCUCACUUUUUAUUACUCCGCGGCGAUCUCGGAUUGUUUCAUCGUCUCUUUAUCACCGUCGUUUCUCUCUUUAAUUGUACACACAUGACGAUGGAGGAUAAGCUCAGUUCAUUCGAUUCAAGCCACAUUGAUGAAGCCGAAGCUACCAACAAUCACGGCUGGCAGAAGGUCACCUACGCGAAAAAACAGCGGAAACAGCCGGCGAAAAAACCGGAUUCCGGAAAUAUCGUCUCCAACGGAUCGGCCUUUCACGGCGGCGACAGCGUGUUCACGUCGCUGGAGAAGCAAUCGGAGGAGCGGCGCCGGAGAAUUGAGGCGCAGAAGGCGGCGAUUGAUUAUGAUGAUGCGCCGGUUAGAUCGUCCAAGCACCGAUCGGAUGAUGAUGAUGACGAAAGUGAUGGUGAUGUAGGUAAAGGUGUGCAGAAUGGAGUUGCGGUGGCGGAGAAGAAACCGAAGGUGAAGAAACAGAAGAAACCGAAAGUCACGAUUGCGGAAGCUGCUGCGAAGAUUGAUGCUGAUGAUCUCGCUGCAUUCCUCGCUGAUAUAUCCGCAUCCUAUGAAUCUCAGCAGGAUAUUCAGCUGAUGCGGUUUGCGGAUUAUUUUGGUAGGGCAUUUUCGGCUGUGACUGCAUCUCAGUUUCCGUGGACUAAGUUGUUCAGGGAGUCCGCUAUUGGGAAAAUAGCAGACAUUCCAGUCUCCAACCUAUCAGAAACUGUUUACAAGACAUCAGUUGAUUGGAUCAAUCAGAGAUCCACUGAGGCUCUAGGUUCCUUUGUAUUGUGGUCUCUAGAUAGCAUAUUUGGAGACUUAGCCAGCCAACAACCUAGUGGUAAGGGUGCAAAGAAAGCCGUGCAACAAACAACUUCUAAAUCUCAGGUUGCAAUUUUCUUAGUGCUAGCAAUGGUAUUGAGAAGAAAACCUGAUGCCUUCAUUAGUAUAUUGCCGGUUUUGAACGAGAACACAAAGUACAAAGGACAAGAUAAGCUUCCUGUAAUAGUGUGGAUGGUAGUUCAGGCUUGUCAAGGAGAUCUUGCUAUAGGGUUGUACUUAUGGUCGCGUAUUGUCUUGCCUAUAGUUGGUGGGAAACAAGGCUCAAAUCCUCAGACGAGGGACUUGGUUUUACAGUUGGUGGAAAGAAUUUUGGCUGCUCCUAAAGCUCGUACUAUUUUAGUAAAUGGGGCUGUAAGAAAAGGGGAGCGCUUGAUGCCACCUUCAGCACUUGAUUUGCUGUUGCGUGUAAACUUUCCAACAUCAUCAGCUAGGGUCAAGGCAACUGAGAGGUUUGAGGCCAUAUACCCCAUCCUUAAAGAGGUAGCUCUUGCUGGAGUACCUGGAAGCAAGGGAAUGAAACUUGUUUCUCAGCAAAUUCUCACAAUUUGUGCAAAAGCAGCAGAGGAAGGCACUCCAGAACUAUCCAGAGAAGCAACUGAUAUUUUUGUUUGGUGUUUGACUCAACACCCUGAUUGUUACAAGCAAUGGGAUAACAUCUAUAUGGAUAAUCUAGAGGUGAGUGUUGCGGUUUUGAAAAAGCUUACGGAGGAGUGGAAGCAGCUAUCUGGAAAGCAAUCUUCUGUAGAGGGUCUGCGGGAAAUGCUCAAGAGCUUUAGGCAUAAGAAUGAGAAAGCACAAACGGAUGGAGUAGAAGAUUCUAGGCAAUCACUUGUCAAGACCGCAGACAAAUAUUGCAAGUGGCUGCUUGGAAGGGUCUCACGCGAGCAUGGGUGCUUGAAAGGUCUUGCGUUUAUUGCGAUUGCUCUUGGUGUCGGUGCUGUUUUCUUUUCCCCAAGCUUGGAUUCGGUUGAUUGGAAGGAGCUUACCGCAGUCUUCAAUCACCAAUCCAUUUAAAAGGAUGAGCUAAAGAGGCAUGCAUGCAGGCUAAAUGACGUAGACCAAAAACAUCAUUUUUCGAGGAUAUCAACAACACAGGCUAAAAAAAAUUAAACUUUACCUUAAUAAAUUAGUGGCAGAAUGCAGUACUUUGUGAGCAAGUGGAGGCGUUUGUGAAAUUGGAUGCAAGAUAGUUAGAACUGUUGGUUUUAGGCAAAUUUAUAAUCUUUACAUCUUUGAUGCAUUUUUUAAGUUAGUACUGAGGUGGAUGCAGAUGUGUUAUACAAUGUUUGUGGGCUUGUGGUUUUCUUACAUUUAUAGUAAUUACAACACAUUAGACAUAUUACCUGGUUUUUCAGUUGUCAUGCUUUACAUUAAGGGUUGAAUACAUGUUCAUUACUUAGUUGCA